GCUUCGCAGCGACCGACGCCAUUUUACAAAGCGAAGCGAACAAAGACACAAGCUAAAUAAACAGCAAUAUUUUAAGAAAAUAUUUAGGCUCGCGCCUACUAAACUUGAAGAAAAUACCAAAAAAAUAUAUAACUACGUGGAGUCAAGAAAACCAAUCUGUAAGUUUGACAUUUUUCAUUUGGAAAUAAGAAGAAAAAUCAUUUUUUGCGGAGGACUAGAAAACCAAGCCACAAGGCACAACAGAACAAAAAGGAAAGAACUUGUAUAAACUAUGAAGGAAGAAAUUAAAAGUGCUGUCGAUUUUUUAACGAACAUUAUCAGAUCAAGAGACGAUGUAAACGAAACACAAACGCGUCAAUUCAACGAUAGUUUGACAAAUUUGCUUAGUGAUCGAUACCAAGAUCAUUGGUUUCCUGAGAAACCAUUCAAAGGUUCAGGCUACAGGUGUAUCAGAUUGAAUCACAAUAUGGACCCAUUGAUCUUACAAGCUGGAAAUAUGUGUGGACUUGAUCUCUUAUUCCUUGAGUCAUCAUUGCCACCAGAGCUUACGAUUUGGGUGGAUCCUAGGGACGUUUCAUUCAGAAUUGGUGAAAAUGGAAGUGUUGGUGUCCUGUAUCAAACAACUAGGGACUCUCAGUCACAAGUGCAGGCAACCCCAUCUCAAUCUACGUCAACUCAUAUGGUGCAGCAAUCUAGUGAUAACUCAUUUCAUCAAAUGAACAGGAACUUCAACAAUACCAUAAUGGCGUGCAAGGACCAGUUCAUGAAUGUUUUGCCAAGUAUUUCCAGAGAAGCAGUGCAUUAUCAACAAUUUGCUGGAUUUGUUUCCAGUUAAUUGUUCAUGGAUAUUUUUUAAAAGAAUCUUAGGGCAUGCAUUUCAUUAAAUUGGUUUUCGACUACAAGCUCAUGUUUUACGGACUUUGACAAAUGCCAUUUUAUUUUAUUUUGAUGUUUUAAAUCAUGUAUUGGCUAUUGUGAUUUUAGACUCGAGACAUUAAGUUUUGAGCAGUGCUGUUGUACCAAUGUGAUAAUUUCUGGGAUGAUAUUUGACAUGUAGUUCAAUGCAUGAUUUUUUAUGUAUUUUGUGACAAUGUAAAUCUGUUUUUAAUCUUUAUUAGUGUGAUUCCUGUGGAGUUACUUUUAAAGACUGUUGGGCAAGUCAAUCAUAAUUUUUGCCAGAAUAGCUCAGGAUAUCAUGUAUUUAGCAUUUCCAAUGUUGAUGCUUUGCACUUAGUGCAAUUUAAGUCUUUCAUGUACACUUUAACGCAUCCUGAUCUCCAAUGGGAUAUUAUUAUAUGUAUUAAUAUAAAGUUGCAAUGUAUUUUUGACCAAAGUCGGGGUGUAAUAUCCCUGAUAUAGGUGCAAAAUAUUAAAUAUUUUAAAUAUAAAAUAUGUGCAAAAAAUAAAGAUUAAAAAUAUUAAAAAUGUGCAAAUGAUAAGAA